AUGGCAUGGAUACCUAGAUUCAUCACCUUCACGGGCUUGGUUCUUCUAGCCCACGCCGGCUACUCUGCCCAAGAACAUGCCGCCCUAGCAUCGACAACAGCGCAGCACUCGAAUCAAGCAGGCACAUCGACCUCGUUACCCAUCGACAUCAGCAUAGAAACGAUAGUUGCCACCAUGGCUGUCUGCAUCGGGCUUGUCCUCAACACACCGAACCUUCGGCCAAUUCAGUGGAACGUUUGGGCUGGCAAGAUUGAACGCGAGGGCGCAGAAGGCUUUCGGGACAGUUCGGGAGCUGUUGAAAAGGACUACAGGGGUAACCCUUUCAGCACACUGGAGUCGAGGCCCGGCUUCGUGGACAUUCGCAAGCAACGACGAGAGUUUGCCGAGUGGGCCAAGAGCGAGAGCACCUAGUCAUACGACAAAGAGGAAGAGGCUGGCGCGAGAUAAUCGCCAAAGGUAUCAAUUCUGGGUUGCCGAUUCUUUUGUGCUUGCGCACUCGCGAGCACAUGUGAUGUUGGUGGUGCGAGCUUGAAGCGCACGGGAGCUACCAGGCACAGCAAACAUCAUGCGGGAAAUGGAUGACACUAUUCUCUAUUCACCAAAGUCUUGCAACGGCAUAGUAUACAUUCUCUGGGCAUGAAUCUACCGAAUUCAGCCACUUACUGGUGUCCGCCAAUUUCCUAUACCCGUGCUGUCCAUCGCACCUUCCUUGUGAAAGGGUGCUACUAGAACAAAAGUCG